AUGGAUUAUCAAGCGUGUUCCGAGUUAUACUGCAGAUAUCAUGAUGAGGUAAUUUGGGUUUCAAGUAUAGUAGCUCGUCUUCAGCUACGGACAACAUGGUUAGAUAUGGUGUGCAACCUAGGUUUUUGGAGGUGUAUACAGAUAGAGCUUCAUUAUAUAGGAAUAAAGUGCUUAUGGUGUGGCAUGGAAGCUCCUCGUGUUAGAAAGGGUAAAUCGUCUGGUAAUUUACCUACCCACUAUAGCACUGCCACAAUAGGAGUGUUCUGGGGUCAUGGCCUGUAUGACUCUACAGAUCCUUCUAUUCACAGAUGA